UUUUAUCCACGUUGAAUUGAAUCCUGUGAUGCAUAUUUUAGUUUAUUUAACCUUAUAAUCGUGUUUCCUUGAAUCAUCAUCAUAAUAGCGGCGGGUUCGUGAGUUAUCUUCCUCAACCAAUCACCGUUUCCAAGAUCGAAGCCACAAGUUUGGAAACCCUAGCUUCUCAUUUCUUUUAGAGAAAAGCAUAAAAGAGGCUCAAUCAAAACCUUGAGAUUCCUUCCUUCCAGGACCCAGCUAUCAUAUUUGUCAGUGUUGUGAUAAUAAAUUGAUAAAUUCAAGUUAAAACUACGUUAGUCUUAUUGUUUCCCUAACCUAGCAAGUUGCAACUCUUAGCCAAAAUGGUAUCUGGUUUAAUCAAUGCGAAUCCUAUCAUAUAUGAAAAGAAAGAGCGUCGAACUCGAACUGCUCCAACUGCUCUCCAAGAUGAGUAUGCUGCUGAACCAAUUGACCAACAAGAGAUUUUUGAUCAUAUAAGAGAUAUAAAGGACCCUGAGCACCCAUAUUCCUUGGAAGAGCUUAAGGUGAUCACGGAGGAAGCAGUUGAAGUUGAUGACCAGCGAAAUUAUGUUAGGAUUACAUUUACUCCAACAGUGGAACAUUGUAGUAUGGCAACAAUUAUAGGUCUAUGCUUACGUGUCAAGCUCAUGAGAAGCUUGCCUUCACGGUACAAGGUGGAUAUCAGAGUAGCACCUGGAUCUCAUGCAACUGAAGCUGCAGUUAACAAACAAUUAAAUGAUAAAGAACGCGUAGCAGCUGCACUGGAAAACCCAAACCUUCUGGAUAUGGUUGAUGAAUGCCUUGCUCCGUCUUACUACUGAACUAGCUUUACUCUCCAACGAGUCAACAAGACUGUAGAUUCUUUUCUACUAAUGGUAGAAGUUGGCCAGUUUUAUCUUUAUGUAUAAUAUUUUGGGUUGGUGGCAUAUUGGCCUUGCAAUUGUCCUUGAAUAUAUUGGAAUACGUAGUUGAAAAUGUGAUAGUUGACUGAGGUACCGAGGUUCUUUGACCAUUAGCUCUAGAAAAAAAAAGAAAUUAUUUCCAUGUUUUGGAGGUGUCAGCUCAUGUUUCAUAAAUUGUAUUAUCUAUGCCAUGUUUGAUUGAAC